AAUCCCGGCUGGCAACAAAGAGUAGCGAGCACCCAAAGCAAAAUCGUAAGCUCCGUUGAUUUGAGGGUGUCUUGCGUUUGGCCGAGUGCUAGGUGUGUAGGCGGCUUUUAGGAUCGCAGCUUCCAAAUACACCGAAAAAAGAAGAGGAGCGUGAAACCCGCGCCUCGGCGUUCUGGCUGGGCGGCUUGUUGCGACCGCAAGUGGCCUGGCACCACAUGCGACAAUCGGGAGCCUCGGCUAACGACGACAAAGGCGCUGAUGAACGUCGCGGUGGACGGACCAUGCGAGAGCUUCGAACCUCGUCCAAAGGUGCAUGCCUCGCGUCGGCGGUGCCGUUCGCCGGACAGUAGUGGUGUGUGUGCCGAGCGGCUAUGAGUGCCCCAGGGGCUUCGGGAGAACCACGCAUCUUCGUUGUUUACAGUGCACACUCGCGUAGCAGACGAAGGGACGACGAAGACGACUGACAGGAACCGGACGACUGCGACAGAAGGGGCAGAGCAGUGUCUUUCCCCGAAACCUCUCUCGAAGAUGGAGAACAUACCAGAUCCAGAGAGGCUCCGGAGGCUCCAGGAGCUGGAGAGAAAUCUCCUGGACCACACGUCGGAGAUCCACGUCGAUGGCCUCCUGGAUGCUAUCCAGGCUCUGGUAAUGGACUGCAACAGUCCAGCUCUCCGGAGGAUGAAGAACAUUGACAGCUUCCUCAAUCGAUAUGAGAAGGCGGUAUCCAACAUAUCGUCGUGCCGAAUGAAGCCGGAUGACUUCAAGGUAAUCAAGACCAUUGGCAGGGGUGCUUUCGGAGAAGUCCAGCUGGUGCGCCACAAAUGGACCAAGCGGGUGUACGCCAUGAAGCUGCUGAGCAAGUUCGAGAUGAUGAAGCGCUCGGAUUCGGCCUUCUUCUGGGAGGAACGCUUCAUCAUGGCGCACGCCCGCUCCCAGUGGAUCGUCCAGCUGCACCAGGCCUUCCAGGACGACCGGCGUCUCUACAUGGUCAUGGACUACAUGCCUGGCGGGGACCUGGUCAACCUGAUGAGCAACUAUGACGUGCCCGAGCACUGGGCCCGCUUUUACUGUGCGCAGGUGGUGCUCGCGGUGGACACCGUCCACUCGAUGGGAUUUGUGCACAGAGACGUGAAGCCUGACAACAUGCUCCUCGACGCAAGGGGCCACCUCAAGCUGGCCGACUUUGGAACUUGCAUGCGCAUGGAUGCUGAUGGUCUGGUGCGGUCAGACACGGCAGUGGGCACCCCUGACUACAUCUCACCCGAGGUGCUCAAGAGCCAGGGUGGCGAGGGUUGCUAUGGCCGCGAGUGUGACUGGUGGUCAGUGGGCGUGUUCCUGUAUGAAAUGCUCGUUGGGGACACGCCGUUCUACGCCGACUCGCUGGUCGGCACCUACGGCAAGAUCAUGGACCAUGCCAACUCGCUGGCGUUUCCGGAGGACGUCGAGGUCUCCCCGCACGCCAGGCUCCUCAUCUGCUCCUUCCUCACUGACCGGAAUUACCGGCUGGGCAGGAAAGGUGUGGAGGAGAUCAAGGCACACCCUUUCUUUCAGAAUGACCAGUGGACGUUCGACAACAUUCGUGACGCCGUGCCACCUGUGCUGCCCGAGCUGAGUGGGGACGACGAUACGAGCAACUUCGACGACGUGGACCAGGACGAGACGCCCGAAGAGCACUUCCCCGAGCCCAAGGCCUUCGCAGGCAACCACUUGCCCUUCGUCGGAUUCACCUACUCGGGGGACUACGCGCUGCUCUCGACGGCGCGCCUUCACGGUGUUGACGGCUUCAACGAGGGAAACGGGCCGUCACCGGAUGUCCUUCAGGAGGAGAUUACACACCUCCGCGAGGCCAAAGAGGAAGCAGAGCAGAAAUACAGGCACACGCUGAAACAACUGGAGACUGUGUCAGCACAGAACGAGCAGGCUACUCUCCUGGUCUCCGAGAACCGAGAGCUCAACAAAAAGAUGACGCUACUCUCGCAUGAAAUCAAAGAGAGCCAGCGAAAGUACGAGACGGAGUGCGAACACCGGCGCAAGGCAGAGAUCAAGCUGCAGGAACUGUGGUCCAAGCUGGAGUGUGAACAACAGUCUCGGUCUCAGCUGGCCUCGGCGUCUCAAGUGGCAUCAGAGAAGGCGUCUGCGCUCGAGAAGCAGCUGUGGGAGCUGAAUGACAAGCUGAAGCAGGAGGCCGACGCAGCGCUGAAGCUGAAAAAGGCCAACGCGGAGCUCGCGUUGACUGCGGCAACGCGGGAGCGCACCUGCCAGGAGCUGCAGGAGACUGUAGGUGCCCUGCGCGGCCAGGUGGGCUCCCAGGAGCGGGACCUCUCCAACAUGCAGAUACAACUCGAUCAGGAGAAGGCAGCCUGGUCGUCUCGCACCCAAGAGCUUGAGAGCCGGCGGCAGGCGCUCCAGUUGGAGCUGGAGCGGGUGCGAGAGAGGGAAGCCCACGCGCUUGAAGAAGCCCACCGGUUCUCGGCGCGCGUCCUCGAGCAGGAGAAGCAGCGUGCCGUGCUCGAGCUGGAGUUGCGCAACGCCCAGAACCGCCUGGACCGACAGGCCUGCCCCGACAAGAGGCCCGGCGGCGGAGGCACCGCGGACGACGAGAACAGUGCGGAGGCCCUCACGGCCCAACUAGCCGAGGAGCGGCAAGCGCGCCAGCAGGCCGAGGCCACCGUUCAAGACCGCGAGCGGCAGAUGUCCAUGCUUACCGUGGAUUAUCGACAGUUGCAGACACAGCUGCAGCGGCUGCAAGGUGAGCAUCGGCAAGAGGCGGACAAGGCCCAGGCGCUACAGGCGCAGCUGGAUGAGGAGGCCCGCCGACGUGCGCAGCUGAGCCAGCAGGCAGCCCAGCAGGCCCAGGAGGUGGCCCGGCUGGCUCUGCGCGACCGGCAGGCGCAGACUGCCCUGGCCGAAGCCCGCCAAGCACAACAGGCAGCCCAGGAGGAGCUGGCCAGGAUGCAGACGGCGAAAACCGUGGGCGAGCUGCAGAUGAAGGAACUCCAAGACCAGCUUGAGGCUGAACAGUACUUCUCGACGCUGUACAAGACGCAAGUCCACGAGCUGAAGGAAGAACUGGACGAGCGAAACAAGGCAUUCCAGGAGCUGGAGGAACGGCGCCAGGUGCUCAGUCGAGAGCUCGAGAUGGCCACGGUGCGCGCAGACUCCCUGGAGCUCCACCGGUCCGUCCUCGAGGACACUGCUGCGGGACUGGAGAAAGACAGGGCGGUACGCGAGUUGGAUCUGGAGCAGCUGCAGAAGCAGCUGAACACCGAGCGAUCCAUGCACGAGGCAGCCCUGGCCAAGGAGCGGCAGGAGCGACAGGCCGAGGAGACGCGCCACGAGCAGCUGCAGAAGCAGCUCGCCCAAGAGCGCAUGCUCAAGCUGCAGGCCGUCAACAAGCUGGCCGAGAUCAUGAACCGCAAGGACAUCGCAGGCGGUGGCAAGGGGCGUGCAGCCGGAGACCUGCGGCGGCGGGACCGCGAGGUGCGUAAGCUGCAGCAGGAGCUCACCCAGGAGCGGGAGAAGUACGCGCAGAUGGUCAGCCGCCUCCAGAAGGAGCUUGCCGAACUGCAGGCAAGCGCUCACGAGGAGGGCCAGGCACGCAUCAAGCUUCAGAUGGAGCUGGACUCCAAAGACUCAGAGAUGGAGGUCCUUCGGCGAGUGGCGUCCGCUGCGGCCCUGACGUCUCCGGAUGCCCUGUUGCCCGUGACGAACUCCGGCGGAGGCGGAGCUCGGGACGGCGACCCCCAGCGCCUCGAGGGCUGGCUCUCGGUGCCUCACAAACAGAACAUCCGGCGGCACGGUUGGCGACGGCAGUACGUGGUGGUGAGCUCGCGCAAGAUUCUCUUCUAUAACAGCGAGCAGGACCGGGCGAACGCGGACCCUGCCCUUGUCCUCGACCUGAGCAAGCUGUUCCACGUGCGCUCCGUCACCCAGGGCGACGUCAUCCGCGCGGAUGCCAAGGACAUCCCCCGCAUUUUUCAAGUCCUGUACGCAGGUGAAGGCGAGAGCAGAAAGCCUGGAGACAGCACCGAUCCACCACAGCUCAAAGAUCUGAGCACACUGGAGCACAAAGGCCACGACCUAGUCCCGAUCUCGUUCCACAUGCCGACCACCUGUGAGCUGUGCCCCAAGCCGCUGUGGCACAUGUUCAAGCCGCCACCGGCCCUCGAGUGCCGCCGCUGCCGCCUGAAGCUGCACCGGGACCACGUCGACAUGCUGGCACCCUGCAAGGUGGACCCGACCUCGGCCAAGGAGCUGCUGCUCCUCGCUUCGACGACGGACGAGCAGCGACGGUGGGUCGCCCAGCUGCGCAUCCGCGUCGACGCCUGCGGCUACGCAGCUUCCUCUGCCGCUGCCGCGGCUGGCUCUCCCGGGGCCAUUCGCCUGCGCAAGUUCCCCUCGACGGCGUCCUCCAGCUCCAACACGUCGGCGUCGUCGGUGUCCGGGCCCGGCGGCAAGGCAGCGACGCUGCCGAGCCGCAAGUGCUAGUCUUGUCCUCUUUCUCGCGCGUCCUUUCGUGGACUCUUUUGAGCAUUCUCAUGCAAUCCCAGGGGCAAGGUUGGUGUGCCAGUACCACUUUACCCGCCUGCGCUGGAUGCAGCCUGGGUUAGCACUUUUCAGCCGUCGAUGGAGCAGGUCCUUCCAGACUCGCACGCUUGUGCUUGUACGAACAAUGCAUGCCCUUGGGUGACUCACUAACACAUUGCGCUAGCGCUUUUUCUCUUUCUUUUGUUUCUUAAUGCUACGGGUGCAGCUCCUGCUGUCAUGCUGCACACUCGGAGCAUGGCGGUCAGGCAGGAGUCCAUGGCCUAGUACUCGAAGACACCACAAGGCACUAGGCAAGUGCAUUCAAUGCGGACGGCUCGUAGAGGUUUCAGAAUUGGCACUUCGUGACAGUUGUCCCAUCUGCCGGAUGAGCAGUGAUUGCUGUCUGUAUCAAAAGUUCAAUUGCUGCUGCAAUAGUCGAUGAGCCUCAUCGUGUCUGCUCAGUAAAGUCGAUGCCACCUGCUUUCAGCUCCGUUGUUUCUUUAGAAUCAUUCCUGCUGGUUCUGCAUGUGCUGAAUGGUGAAGCUGUUGCUUUUUAACAUUUGACAGGAGCUUUCUUGCUCCGAACUUUGGCUGCCCCAAUCAUUUUAAUGCCUAAUGCCUCUUCCGCUACACUAGCCAGAAGUUCCUUCUUGCUCUCAAAUGUCAUAAAAGCCAGUGAUGCAUAUUCAUCGUUGUGAACGUGCCUACUUUGAGUUUGCUCCGAUUGGAUGCAGCAGGUUUUGCUACUGGCGUACUUCCUUCUGAAAUGUUUAUUGUAAGCGCAUGAGUGCACUCUGCACUUCGGCAUUUGCCAGGCCUCCACUUGCUCAUACACAACAGCACAUGCGCUGCGAAACUAGCGUCGGAGGGAGGGCUUCGUUUCAACCAACUGUACAAAGAAACAGACGAUCACAUCACGGAAGUAUGCAGAAGAUGCUGUAAGAUGGCCCGUUCAUUGCAGGCUCGACUGAGCGUAAACUCCAAGUGCCUUAUGGUGGAAGACAGAGCCGAGUGGCCGAGUCGCCCACUUUUGCAUUACGACACGGCGACGGAAGUUCCGGAAGAGUUGUGUAACCCUGAUUGGUGCCAUGUGGGUAUUCAUUUGUGCGUAGAUGGGAGAACUUUUCGACAAUGAACUGACUCGUUUGCAUGCACUGUGUGUUUUGUACGCUGCUGAAUCGUGGUGCUUCGUUCUGUCGAACUGUGUACGUCGAUGUCUGCCAUUUGCUCUGCCGAUAGUGCUACAGUGGCUAGCAGUGUCAGGGUUAGUUUAACAAGUGUUAGGCACGAGCGCAUAAUAUAAGUUGCAGCGCGAAAUAUGCAAACGUGCAGCCCUGGUUACCUACAGCGGUGCGUUGCAGUGGUGCUUUCAGUGUAACGCUGUUUUGAGCAAUGUGGAGGAUCUGCAGUGCAGACCCCGAGCUGUCGUUCUGUGUCCAAUUUUACCGCGGACUGCAUUUGGAGGAGCAGGGUCAGAUUCACAUGACCGCAUUUACACAUUUGCUGCUGCCAGUGUGUCAGAGUAUGAAUAGAGCAUGAAGAAAGAAAGUUAAAACCCACCUCACUACCGGCUCUCUGUGUAACAGCUGCACCAUAGUAAUUCAUGCAGCUUUAGUUUCAACUUGCAACAUCGUUCCUAACGUCCACAAACGUGUCCGCCACCUCCAUUUUUUUAAUCUGUAACAACUGGUCGCAGUGACAUUCACGCUAACCCUUAGGAGUAUGCCAUGGCUUAUAACGAGCUCGAAGUGGUUUUUGUGCCGAUUAUCCUCGGUGAAAUUUUUCACCGUUGUUAACGGCUUUGGCUUUCUUCAAAGCAUCAUCAACAUUUAACUUGUUGUAGCGUCAUUCAGUGGAUCGAGCUAUGUUGAAGCAGUGUUUUCGGUGUCGCUGCAGUUUUUAAAAUGUGUGCUCAAGAUUGUUAAAUUUUUCUUAGUGCCAUGGUGGCAACUAGUCGUUGCGGCAUCGGAUAUUUAUGACGCUCACGUUGCAGUCUUCAUUUUGUUUGGUCAGACAGUUCUGUAGUUUUUGUUUCUUUCUAGGGGUGUGUGAAUAGUGAAUUUUAGAACCGAAUCAAGUUGAAUAGUUUUCAAAUGGUAAGGCAGCCAUCUUCAACACAGGCCUAGAAUUCCACAGUUUGUUUUAAACAAAUAUUCGCAAACUUUAACAAAGUAACAUUACCGUUACUUUUAACCGGCACGAGAUACGACAAUUAUGUAAACUGAAGUAAGCUCGUAUACAGCAGCGACUAGAGCCUUUGAGGUAUUUUGUACUUCAGUAUUCAAGGUGGUACUUCGUCAUCAGCAUUUAAAUAAAACUGAGACCUAAAAUUAAGCAAUGGUUCAAAAUCAUCACUAAUCUCAUGAUGACAAUAGUAGAUUGAGGGCACACUUGCUUCGUCAACACUAGAGUUUCAAGCAAAAAUGCCUUCAUCCGGUAAUCAAUAUAGCUCUGAUUAUCCUGUGAAAGCUUAAACUAUGUGCAUCUUGGCCAUUCAAUAAUUAAAGCAACGAAAACUAUUCCUCGCUCUUCCAAUAUUUUCGUUCCUUUGGGGUUUUCACAUCUGUGCUGAUUAUUCGAAAAGUAUUCGAAGAAUAUCCGGUACUUUGAAUAUGCAUUAUUCGAUUCGAGUGCCGAAUUGAAUAGAACACUAUAUGAUCUGUUAUUCAAAAGCUUGGAAUAUUCGCACAACCCUAUUUCAGUCUCAACAUUUUAUUUUUUAAAUGAAAGGCGUGGGCAGUACUUGGCGGAAAAAUAUCCCUUUCCACUUGGCUAUGCUCCUGUCCUAGUUGUAAGCCUAAACUGCUUGUGAGUUUUGUGUACAUUCCUGCAUAUGGAAGGCCUCAGACGAUUGCUGAUAUGUGCUUUUUUAUUUAGUACCUUGAGCCACCGGGACGAAUGAAGCCGUCGUGGUGAAUUGCCAUUGCGGUGGUGCUCUGAGUCUUUUCCAGCUGCUGCAUUACAAACCUUGAGAGUGUGCAUCCCUGUAGCAACGGUUAGGACCAACAGCCAAUUUUUAAUGACCGUCUUUCUGUUUUCUGGCUCGACGAAACGCCUGAUAAGGAAAGCGUCUGUAGCAGGUAAUCUGGAAGUGUACGUUUUUGUGAUACCUCGAAGUAAGCAUGCUAAUUCCAGCACUGCUGUUAAUUGAGCGCGAUGUCAGUUGACGCACAACAGCUUCGGAAGCGCCUCUAAAGUCGUUUUCGUCAAACAGUGCAGUUGGAGCUUUAUUGAGUCAGUAAAGCAAGGGAAACUAGGGUUCGGUAAGUUAUGCGAUAGAAUACCAUCACUUUUUUCUAUCUGGCCAGAUAUUCCCGUGUAUAUGAGUGCUAUGUAUUGGCCUGACUUGGAAUAAGUGCUCACUUGUUAACAGAAAAUAUCUGUAGUUAAAAUGAAAGUGGCAUUUGCAGGCAAAAAGCUUUAAUCAUAGGGAUAUAUUUUUUGAUGAAGAUUAGGGUUGAGAUCGUACAAGCAUUUUGCUUCCGGUGCGUUUGCUUCACCUUCUACAUUACGGAAUAGGCGACGUUUCCUUCACCCUCCUGUCUUAUCAUGUGCCAGUAAAUCACAAGAGCCCAAGCGAACGUUCGGAGAGCGAAAUUAUUGCUCUGCCUUGCCCCAGAGUGCAUAUGAUUACAAGUGUUAUGAGCAUACGGAGUCAAAGUCAUGUGGCACCAGUCUUAGAAUUUCCCGCAAAUUUCUGUGCCAAUAUGAAAAUUAAUGUUACCAUGUAAAUUCAGACGUGCAUCCAUUAGUGUGGGACACUGGCCUUAUCGUCUGUGCCGUAAAGUCUUUGCAUGUUUCGUAAAGUUGUCGGUCUCGUCUAAGAUUUACGUGUCAUGCUGCGAGCUAUGUCUGUACGAAAGUACAGUGCCGGAGCCGACACUUGCGGUAGUCUACGUGUUUGCCGAGUUUACUAUUAAUGUUAAAUGCGUAGCUGCAGUAGUAUGAACGUGGUCCUCAAGUUGUAAGUAAAGCGCGGAAGCCGCUGUCUACCUUUUGCCCAUUCCUGUCUGCAAGAAUUCCCCCAAACGUUGCAGUGUCAGUAGAUAUCGCAUUGUACAACUGUAUCGCUGGCGGUGUUAUCGUUGUCACUUCUCUUGCUAGUUCUAAGCGAUGUUUGAAGGCAUUAUACUGUGUACUCAUAGUUCAGCUGCGAAUGCCAGCCACUUGUACUAUAUUCAUUGCAGCAUGAUUUUUUUUUUUUAGGAAUACUGCAUGGUGCUUUUGUCUCUUCUGCGAAGAGAGCUAGAUAUUUUUUUUCUAAUACGCUUUUACUUUGCUGCGAUUGCUCAUUAGCGUGGGCACCAGUUUCAGACGUAACUGUGUUGCGGUGUGCCUGUAAAUGCCCUGUUGUAUUGUGUACAGUGUUGUUUACGCGUUGAGGUUUGUAAAUUUGCGUCGCCAUUCCCAGCUCUCCGCUCUAAUAGCUUGCUCCUCCUGCGUGUAUCCAUAUAAUUGCUGGACGGGAAGGGUGGUUAAAUGCAACUGUGGUCUAUCUUACUGGUCAAACAUUUGAGAGGCGCAAGGCAGCGUUAGCAUCAUCGUAAUUGUUGAGUUUAGGGAAAAGAUGUCUUGAUGUGCCAUUACGCAUUCUUACGGUCUACCCUUCCUGUUGAACCAAUUUGGUCUGUAAUUGAUGGCACUAAUGGUGCGACUGAUAUUUAUUACCGUUGUGCCGUCAUCGCAGAAGUUUUUAAGGCUUGUAAGUUCCGACCAGACUGCGGUGUUGGAAUGUCUACCAUUUAACAACUGGUUUGGAGGCUCUCGUUUUACACUUCUCACAUACACUCGUGCAUUACUAUUCAAUUGGCCCUGCUAAACAGUCCUAUAUUGCCCGGGAGAGGUGAUUAGUGCUAUUUUCGAGGUUUUCGGGUAGCUGAAGGUGUUUUGCGCUACAGUAAAAUAGGUGACCAGGAAACAAAUGGUUUACGCAUACAUGGCUGUUGCCAUCAUUUGAGACAGAGCAUUAUGCACUGCCAUUACAACCUAUGGUUGGCACAGCAGAUAAGGACGAAGGAAGAAGACAGCGCAAACUACCUGCUUGGAAAUGAAAAAGAACAUUAUCGCAAACAGUGAAGUUAGGAGUUAUUGCCGAGACUGAUUUGUGGCGUGCAUUUCACUCCGCACUGGUCGAUGGCGCAUGAGGCAUUCCAAGGCGAUUUCAAUUUGGCUCAUAUACUGGUGGUGCUAUUUGCAUGCAUAAUUUGUGCAUUUUCUUUGGAUAAAAUUUUAGAUUCGAGAAAGCCCUUGCAGUGUCUUCUUCCUUCAUCCUCAUCUGGCACAAUAGCGUAGACCUACACAAUGGAUCCUCGACAACUAGUCCAAAACCUCAUUAAUAGCACGUCAAGUGGUUAUUGGCCCCAGGCAUCUUGCAAGGUGUGGUUAGAGUGCUUCCAUUGUGUUCUGUGACGCUUGGCUUGAAGUCACGGAAAGGUAAUGAGCUCACAUGUUCUAUAGACCAUUUCUUUACGCUUCAGCCAUGGCUUUUAUUCACUAGUGAGAGGCAGCGCAACACUGUUUGGCCGACACAUAUUUCCUGAGCGUUUGCUUCCGACAUCAUCGGUUUACUAGAAAGGGCACGAGAAAUUGUGUAUGUGUACACAGAAGGUUAGCAGAUCAGUUAAAACCAAGUGCAGAUGGUCGACUAGUUGUUUAAGAGGGACUGACCGCUGUUGCUGGGUGAUAAGAUUUUAUGCACUCUUGACCACUCACAGCAACUUCGGAGUGGCUGCCCCAUGAGUGCUUAGCAAUCGCGCUGCUGCCGAUAAUGCUCGUGCGCUUUAAAUGUGAGACACAAGUAAGCAAUGGGUGCUUGCACCUGCGAGAUGUGUUAGUACAAAUGCAGAGUUUACAAUCGUUAAACCCUUUAGCUAUUUGCUACUAAACUAAUGAGGACGAAUGUGAGCCAUCCGCAGGGACUGUCGCAGGCAUUGAUUAUGAAACUUUUCACCCUUCGGCAGUGACCCCGCUGGAAAGUCGGCCUUGGCAAACUCACAAAUUUCAAGACGCGCAGAAAACUUUUUUUGCGUUACGAGUGCACUUCUAGACAGUUGAAAAAGAUGCUCACGAGUUGCAAAAUGCAAAUGCGCCCAGGCUUUUAGAAACAAGGGGGAGGAGAUAAUGUCAGGGUUAUCAUAACACUUAUUCUGUGGAUUCUUAUCUCUAUUACAAUGUGUCUUCCCACGCGAUGUCUCGGAACGUACCCAGCUCAUUCUGCAUUUGAGGUGCCGUCGUGCCAACGUGCCGCCAUUUGUCUCCGAGAUGUACAUAACCCGUGCCAUUGUGUCCGCUUCAAGGAUAGUGGGGAGAAACUGGCUCAGACUUCUUCGUGCGUCGUUGCGUCCUCCUCCAAGGCCAAUCGUGACCGUGUCUGCUCAAUCAUGCGACCGUCGUGCAUAACCGUGUGUGACCUUGCUCAAAAGCCCCACCAGGCUAACCUUUGCUGCGUGCCUUGUUUUUCCCAGAGGAACAGUUGUCUGUUAGCGAACAGUACGUAGUACGCUGUAAAAAAUUUUGCAUCUCUCGGGGCUUACUUUUGUCGCGCUAUAGUUAUCAUCGUACGCAGGCCGCUGUGCGAGUUCGCACAUUUACACAGGAGAACAAAGCAUCGAACGAUGACGUUUAUUGAUCACCUACGAUUAUCAUUGACUGGUAGUUCGUUCAAAGGAAAGUGAUGAUUAUUGUGCGGCAACAACGCUCCACGAGAGGUAGUAAAACCUUUGUGAGCCCACCUUGAAUUCCUGAGUGGCUGGCCCUGUUAAAUAAAUAAAAAAAAAGCAGUCCAACCCUCUGCUUAACACUUUACUAGUGAUUGUAUUGUUUUUAAAUUGUACUAUGUGUAGAAAUGGUUCUUGUAUCCACUGUUUACCGAUGUUGAAAUCAUUACAAUCUCGCGGCGGGUGGUGCUACUGGUUUUAUGGACACUGUCCGAAAUGCUCUUUGUGAAGCUCUAAAUACAACUUCUUACAGAGCUAGCAGGAAAGCGUAUGCACCAUGUUCGUUUAUGACUCCCAGAAUAUUCAAAGCUCACUCUAUGACGAAACCUCUUGCCGAGUUAUAAGGAGGUUCGUUUUGUGUACAUAGCUGCAGUGCAUUCGAGCUUAUGGUUGUUUAUAUUGUAAUGUUUGUUGUUUCAUAUCCCCUUGCGCUCUUCCUGAGACUUAAGAUAUUAAGGAUGCAAUGAUCGAUGAAAACCUGACGCCCAUUGUUGCCUUUACAAAGACGUGUUGAUGUCAAACUCGCGCAAGCUUGCAAGAACCUGUUGAUUCUUCUUUUUCCCUUACAGUUUGUUUGAGCUUGUUGUGUCACACAUGCCUACACUGUCCAUCGAUGGUCAUGUAGUGAGUGCUUUCGUUCAGCUAAUGAACAAAAUGUUUCUUUUGAUACUGAAUAUUUUGAUGGGUCUAUUGCUCGGCCAAGCCUGCCAAAAGGCGUAGGACCACAUUUUGUCACAGUUCAUUUCGUUCUCCAUGUCUUAUAAUCCACCAUGCCGAGUAGCCAACAACAUCACCUCGGUGGUGUGGUCCCCGAGCAAAUAACGAAAAGCUAGAAGGAUGGGAAACGAAAUGAACUGCUGCAAAGUAUGGCCUCUAGUUUCCAGCUAAUGUCUAGGCCUAGUGGGCCUUGGACUUUCUGGGUUUCUUUAUUGUUAUUUGCAGCUUUCACUGCAGCAUCUCUCGCUAUGCUUGUUUCGAUCUCCUUUGUGAGUCCCUUGUGCCGAGAUAUGCCGCUUUUUCAGCAUAUCCGUUUUCUUUGUAGAACUUCAGUACUGUGUGUACCUUCUUCCUAUCGACAUGCCGAGCUGAAAACUGUUUCAUUCCUCCUGGCUGGUACCAUGUUGUUUAGGCUCAUAUGAACGUUUAAAUAAAACCUUUUUUGGGUCUAC